AUGGUUAAACCGCUCUCAGUUUUCCCCGUCUUUUCCGUAUUUCUUCCACAGGUCUUUUCGCAUUCGUUCAUCAUCGCCCUUGAUGGAGCGAACGGUGUGCAAUCUUCCGGCUUCGGGACCCGGCUCACUACAAGGGGUCAGGUCCAUCAAUACACCGGUAUCAUCACUGACAAGGAAAUUAAGGCGGGCACCGUGGGCCCCUGUGGAAGGAUUUUCGGUGGUGACAACUUUCCGCCGUUUGUAAUUGAUCCUCAUGCUGAGUUGGCCCGAGCCGAAGCCAGCGGUGUAUCCGCAGUGCAUAAAGACGGUUCCAUUGUCAUGGGCGUGUUUGUCCACAACCCGGACGGCUCUGGUCCAUUCAAUUGUGACUACUCCCGAGACGGCUCGCUGUCCACUUUCGAGCCUAUGAACAUCACUGUUCAAGUUGAAGGCGUUGAUGGUGUUAACCCAGCGGCACACAACUACGUCUAUCCCUUAACCGCGGCCUUUUACCCGAAUGCAACCUGCACUGGUGGUAAGGGUAAGGAUACCUGCAUCGUCAGAUGCCGGAAUCAACUUGGCUUUGGUUCGUGUGCCGCACUCAAGUUAGGUGACGCCGCCAAGCGAGCCAAGCCCUCGCCGUCCUCCAACGCAACCAGCACCAACCACACCAUCGCCGUUCAGCGAGCUGGUGCCAAUGACACAGCCCCCCAGAACUCGACAACUUUUCCUCUGCACGCGCACGAUCCAGUCAACCGAACUAAUGUUACGGUUCCUGUUGCUGCUCCCGCAGCCAACACCACAGUGUCAGUGCCAGUUUCACCUCCGUCCGCUGCUUCCUCUCCCAAGAGCGCAGCGGUAGUUCCGAGCAGCCCCCCUGCCCCUCAGCCCCCUGUCAACCAGGAAGCAGGCCCAAAAUCGAGCCAGACGACAGUCGGGCCCAAUCCGGAUGCAUUCAGAAUCUACAACUCGGGGGCGCGAGUGGAACCGCCAGCUGUCUUGCCAGCAAACCAAGGCAGCAACCCCAACGUAAAGUCAAGUGUUCCACCCCCCCACGAUCCCAACUACAACCCGUUGACUGCUGAUAUCUCUCCGUCUCCCGCCGGUGUCGAGCGAAGAUCAUUACCCAAGACUAAGCGCGUUUUCUUGCACAAAAGACCAAGAAGGCAUUUCUAA